AAGAAUUAGUACCUACAUAUCGAUUGUAGUUUUUUAUUUAAUACAAAAUUACUUUCUUUGCAACAUAACAUAAUAUAAUAUCUUGAUUAUCACAUUUUCGAAUUCCAUUCGUAAUCUACCCAAUUAAAGUUCUGUGACAUUUUGAUUACAAUUGCCAGUAAAAUCCCGGUAUCUUCAACGGUAAACAAUAAUUUAUAACAAUGGCAGAUAUUUUAGAUAUAUUAGAUAUAGAGCAACCCGGAGCAUCUGAAAUAACAAGAGAAAGUAUUAUUCACGGCGACAAAGCAAAAAAGAAGUAUGUUACUACCAAAGCUGUUCGGCGUCCUGAAGGCAUGCACCGCGAAGUAUUUGCUCUCCUAUAUAAUGAUAACAAGGAUCUACCGCCACUACUUCCUACAGACACUGGCAAAGCAUAUAAACAAACAAAAGCCAAGCUUGGUAUGAGAAAAGUCAGAAAGUGGGUAUGGGCACCAUUUACUAAUCCAGCACGAAAAGAUAAUGCUGUAUUUCACCACUGGAAGAGAGCUGCUGAUGAGGCCAAGGAAUAUCCAUUUGCACAAUUCAAUAAGCAAGUAUCAAUACCAUCAUACUCUGAAUCAGAAUAUAAUCAAUAUCUAAAGUCUGAAGACUGGAGUCAAGCAGAAAGUGACCAUUUGAUGGAUCUUUGUCAAAGGUUUGACCUUCGUUUUAUUGUGAUACAUGAUCGUUGGGACCGUGCUGCUUUUAGGGACAGAAGUGUUGAGGACCUGAAAGAAAGAUAUUAUAACAUAUGUGCUAUUCUAAGCAAGGUAAAAACAAAUCCUUGGUCUAACACAGUAACAAUGGUAAAUGGAGAAAAGCGAGUAUAUCAUUAUGAUGCAGAACAUGAGAGAAAAAGGAAAGAACAAUUAAAAAGACUCUUUGAGAGAACACAAGAACAGAUUGAUGAGGAACAAAUGUUGUUAGCUGAGCUAAAAAAAAUAGAAGCACGGAAACGGGAAAGAGAAAGAAAGACCCAGGAUUUACAAAAGUUAAUAUCCAGAGCUGAUAGUGGCAAUGGAAUCACAAACAGCCAAGCCAGCAUUGUCAAUGAUGGACCCAAUACCCCAACUAGUGCUGUCUCCAACAUUGCAAGAAGACAUGAUAGAAAACUACACAAGAAGAAACUAACUACACAACAGAGACCCAUUCGCACUGUAGAAACUGUGACAGUUGAGUGGUCCGGUAUAAAGUUUCCUGAGGCACGUGGAACAGGAGUAUGGUUGCGGUCACAGCGUAUGAAGCUCCCACCUGGAGUUGGGCAGCGUAAAACUAAAGCUAUUGAGCAAGAACUGAGACUUAUGAACAUUGACAUUGCACCAACUCCUACAGAAGCAAUUUGCAAACAUUUCAAUGAACUGCGUUCAGAUCUAGCACUUGCAUUGGAUUUGAAGAAUGCACUGGCUUCUUACGAAUUUGAAUUGCAAGCCUUACGACAUCAGUAUGAAGCCCUGAACCCCGGAAAGACAUUGAACAUUCCAGCAUCAAUAUGUAACUCAAAUGCAGAUGGAGAAGCAAAACCUGUUGGGGAGAUAAUUGAUGUUGUUGGAUCCCCAAGUGCUCUUAAUACAACUAUUUAAUUAUUAUACAUUGAUGCUUCUAACAGUGGUCCUGACUUAUCUGUAUUAAAAUAAAAUAGCUAUUGUAAGUGUAAAAGUAUUUUUAUUA